AUGAAACGCGGAUUGAAAUCGCAGCAAUCUUCAUUUACAAAACUCAAAACUGAACAAGAGGCUCAACUUGUGCCAGCUUUAGUGGCUCUUGAAUUGCAAAAACGUGGAAAACCAUUCACGAUGGAAAAGAUCAGAAUGCAUAAUUGCAGUAGCCGAAGAAAUAUGCCUGAAAAGUUGCCUGAUGUUAAGUUUGAAAGAGAAGUGCAACCUCCUGAUUUAAUUUUGUCAUUGAAAGCAGAAGCUGAGAAUAUAUGGGAUUCUGAGUCUAGGCUUUAUAACCGCUUAAAGGAAAACAAAAGGGAUAAAGAUUUUGUUUGGAUAAAAAAGAUACUUCAGACUGGCACUUUAUCUGAUAAAGUGUCAGCACAUACAUUGCUUAUUCAAGAUUGUGCUGUGUAUAAUGUGAAGAGUAUUGAAUCGUUAAUAGCUAUGGUUAAUACUAAGGGUAAAAGAGAAUGCUUAAUGGCGUUAGAUGCUUUACUGGAUUUAUUCUGUAAUGUCUUACUUAUUGAACAUAGAAAACUCAAACCUUUCAAUGAACAACCUUUGAAACAUUUAGACUCUAUCACAAAAAAUUCUCCUGUUUUGAGAAAACGUGUUCUUAUUCUGUGGUUAUUUGAAGACAUGCUUAAAAAACUAUAUAAGAAUUUCUUAAAUAAUCUGGAUUCAGUCAGCCGUGAUACAGUUGACAAAACAAAACAGAAGGCUGUCACUGUGAUGUAUAAUUUGCUACAAGAAACUCCUGAAGAAGAACAGUUUCUUCUUGAACGCUUAGUUAACAAAAUUGGUGAUCCUGUAGCAAAAAUUGGCUCCCAUGUGUGUUUUUUAUUAGGGCAACUUCUUGUUCGUCAUCCUAAUAUGAAAGCCAUAGUUGUUCAAGAAGUGGAGCGACUAAUAUUUCGACCAAAUUUAGCAGAAAGAGCUAAAUAUUAUGCUUUAUGCUUUCUCAAUCAAGUUAUUUUAAGCCAUGAAGAAUCUGAUCUUGCAAAUCAUUUGAUCAUGAUAUAUUUUAGCCAGUUCAAACUUUUUGUAAAAAAAGGUGAGGUAGACACUAAAAUGAUGAGUGCCUUAUUGACUGGAAUUGCUCGGGCAUAUCCAUUUGCAAAUUUAAAAGACAAUGUAAUUAUGGAUCGAUUAGAUGCCAUGUAUCGCCUUGUUCAUAUGGUCAGCUUCAAUAUUAGCAUUCAGGCAUUGAUGCUAAUUUUCCAGGUUUUGGAUUCUAAAGAUUCAGUUUCAGAUAGAUUUUACAAUGUGUUGUACCGUAAACUUUUUGAUCCUGCUUUGAACAGCAGUUCUCGCCAAGCAGCACUUCUGAAUCUUCUUUAUCGAGCUAUGAAAAAAGAUGUAGCUGUUGUCAGGGUUAGAGCUUUUGUAAAGCGACUUCUACAGGUAGCUCUGUAUCAAGCUCCAAACCUUCAGUGUGGCAUAUUAAUGCUUAUAUCGGAAAUCAAUAAAAUUCAUCCAGAUAUUUUAGAGACUGUGCCAUCAUUUCAGUCAGACAGUGACAGUGAGGAACAUUAUUCAGAUAUCUCUGAUGAAACUGAGGCUAAUCCUAGACCUAAAGGAGAACAAGACAAAAUUAUUCCAGACUCAAAACCAAAUAUUGGUUCUUGGGUUCACAGAAAACGAAGGACUAAGAAAGAAAGUUCAAAAUCAGUUUAUGAUGUGAACUGUCGAAAUCCCCUUCAUGCUAGGGCUGAAUGUGCUCAUUUAUGGGAAUUACUCUUCUUGAAAGAUAGUUUUCAUCCAUCUGUGUCAUUGUUUGCUCAUCAGAUUUAUAAUUCUAAUGAAAUUAAAUAUAAUGGUGAUCCUCUGAUUGAUUUUACAGUCGCACGUUUCUUGGACAGAUUUGUGUAUCGAAAUCCUAAGAAACUGUGUGAUAGUCAAUUAAACACUCACACUAAAGUAUUUGGAAGUCGAAAGUUAAAAGCUAAAUCUUCUAAACUUUUACCUAUAAACAGUGAAGAAUACCUCCAACAAAAUGAAGAAAAAGUUCCAGCUGAAGAAAGGUAUAUUUAUCAAUAUUUGCACAAAAGAGCUGCAAGUGGGAAAUCUACCAAGCAAGAUUCUGAUAUUGAAAGUGUGUGUAGUGAAGAUUUUCAGAAAUUGAUAGAUAAUAUGCACACUGAAGAUGAGGGCAAAAAUUCAUUAAACUUUGCAACGGAAUUAGGACUUAAUAAAGGAAAGAAGGCAUCUAAAAGAAAAGCAGACAUUGAUUCUGAAUCUGAUGGUGAUUUGGAAGAUGAGAGUGAAUUAGAAGAUAUUGAAUUUGAGGAUGAAGAAUUUCAAAAGUCCUUUGCAGAUUUAGAAGAAGAUAUGGAAGCUGCAGAAUUCUGUGAAGAGGAUUUUAUUGAUCAAGGUAGACCAAACAACAAAAGAGCUAAGAAGAAAGGAAAGAAUAGUAAAAGCUUAACUGAUGGGAAACUUCUUGCCUCUGCUGAUGAAUUUUCAGCUUUACUUGAAGAUAAUGCUGGGAGUACAGUUGAUACACUUUCAGGAGAAGCACUGAGGAACCAAGAUAAAUCAGGAGCUAAACAGUUAGCUUGGGAGAUUGAGAGAGAUCGUUAUGUUAGAGGAGCUAAAUGGCAAAAUAAAAAGAAAUUUGGAAAAAAGAAGAAAUUUAAAAAAUAAAAUUGUAUGAGUGUAAAAAUUUUAUGUAUAUAUUUUUUAUAUUAAAGAAAUUAUUCAUGCAA